AUGUCGCAAACUAGUAGUAAUAUUUUAGAAAUUACUGAGGUCGAAACCCCCGAAAAACCACCUACUAUAACGUCUUCCAACUCUGGAACACUCGCAGAAGACUACCAAUCAUCGGCAAACACCAAAUUCAAAUCUCUUGACAUUGAUGAGCACCUGUUGAACGCAGAACAAGUUGCCAGUCGAUACAAUGUCAACAUCAACAUUUCUAAACCCGCUAAUUCAAAUGGAUUAUCAACUGACGACGCCAAACAGCGUGUGAUUGAAGAAGGACAAAACGUUCUAGCGCCGCAAAAGAAAACUCAUCCUAUCGUUAGAUACUUGAAAUGUUUGUGCGGCCCGUUCAAUUUAUUGUUAAUUGCCGCUGCAAUCUUUGAGUAUGCUGUGCUUGGUGUUGAUUUCAAAGACAAUAAGGCUAACAUCUAUCUUGGUGCCGUUCUAUUUGGUGUUGCUUUCAUUAACGCCUACAUCGAAGUUUACCAACUACAGAAGUCUGCUGCAAUUCUCGAGUCCUUUUUGAAUAUGAUUCCACAAAAAUGCAUGGUACGACGAGAUGGAAAUUUGGUUCAAAUUCUGGCUGCAAAUCUUGUCCGCGGAGAUGUGGUGUUUGUGAAGAUGGGCGACAAAAUUCCCGCCGAUCUUCUCCUAUUUGCUGCUACAGACAUGAAAGUAGAUAAUUCCUCCCUGACUGGCGAAGCAGAACCACAAGAACGAACAAAUUUCAAUAUUCAGAAAAAUCCACUAGAAGCCACCAACCUCUGUUUCAAUGGCACAAUUGUAAUCUCUGGAGAGGGCUAUGGCAUUGUCAUUCGUACUGGGGAGAGUACCGUGUUGGGUCAGAUUGCUAACUUGACUUCUAGAGAAAAGAAAAACAGAUCCCCAUUGGCCCGCGAAACUGACGACCUCGUGAAAAUUAUAUCAGGACUUGCCAUAAUCUCUGCUGUCGUGUUCUUCUUUUGCGGUCUGAAAGUAUACAACAACAACAUUGCUCUUUCUCUCAAUUUUGCCAUGUCUGUGCUAGUUGCCUGGGUACCACAAGGUUUGCCAGCAACGGUAAUGAUGCUACUCACAGUCGCUGCCAAGCGCAUGGGUAAACGAAACAUAUUAGUCAAAGAUCUACAAAGCGUGGAAACAUUAGGUGCUAUUACUCUAUUGGCUACUGAUAAAACCGGCACUUUGACUAGAAGUCGAAUGUUUCUCUCCUAUAUUUGGUCCGAAUCGAAGUUACACACGACUUUCAAACAUCAGAAUGAAUCCGUCGAACCAUUCGACCCUGAAGCCGCCGGCAAUCAAGAAAUCGUUAAUAUUUCUAUCCUAUGUUCGCGUGUAAAAUUCAAUCGCACUGAUAUCCCAUUCAGUGAGCGUGAAAUCCUCGGCGCUCCAACGGAAACUGGUCUCGUUCAGUUUGCCAGUCAACACGUGUCCAAUUAUGAUGAAGUCGUCGAUGCCUAUCCAACAGUUUUCGAAAUUCCUUUCAACCCUAACCUCAAAUGGGCUCUUUCGAUUCACAAAAAGAAACACGCAAAUGGCGAGUUGAUUCUCUACAUGAAAGGCGCUCCGGAACGCGUCCUUCGACUUUGCUCCACUAUAUUUUUAGACGGCGUAGCAGUGCCAUUGACAGAUGAACAUAAAGAACAGUUCCACGAUAUAUACGAAUUCAUGGCAUCGAAGGGUCACCGUGUAUUGGCUUUUGCACGGCUAUCACUACCAGGCAGUCAAUAUCCAGCCGAUUACAGUUUCACAAGGGAUGAAGUAGAUAACAUACUGGGUAAUCUGUGUUUUGUUGGCGUGGUUUCUCUCGAAGAUCCUCCAAAGCAUGGCGUCCGCGAAGCCAUUGGUCGCUGUCGUACUGCGGGCAUUCGCGUUAUAAUGAUAACCGGUGACCAUCCUCUAACAGCCGAAGCUAUUGCACGUAAAACCAAUCUUAUGCUAUCUGAUACAAAGGAGCAAGUAGCAAAGCGUACUGGACGACCAAUUGAUUCCAUUCAUGAAGAGGAAUACAAAGCAAUUGUCAUUCAUGGAGAACAGAUUGACACUUUGAGCGACUUUGAGUGGGAUAAUAUAUUUUCCAAGGAUGAAAUUAUUUUUGCCCGUACGUCACCUCGACACAAACUUGAGAUUGUUAAGCGAGCUCAAAACAUGGGACAUAUUGUGGGAGUAACCGGGGAUGGUGUGAAUGAUUCUCCUGCCCUCAAGAAAGCCGACCUGGGUAUUUCUAUGAAUAAUUCUGGCUCGGAUGUAUCGAAGGAGGCUGCUUCUAUGAUAUUAUUGGAUGAUAAUUUUGCGUCUACUAUAAAAGGAAUCGAAGAAGGUCGUCUAAUUUUCAUCAACCUUAAGAAAUCUGUUCAGUAUGUAAUUACUCACUUGACCCCAGAAAUUUAUGCUGUGCUCCUAUUUGUUAUCGUCCCUCUGCCAUUGCCUCUGUCAGCCAUUCAAAUUUUGCUCAUCGAUUUGGGCUACGAAUUAUUUAUUGCCAUGUCCUUUGCUUGGGACAAGCCAGAAGAUGCUACGAAAUUGAUGAAGUUGGCUCCUCGAAGACCAGUCACGCCGAAAACCAUACAAAAUUUACGUCGACGCGCUCUCUUGCGUACACCUACUGUUACGGAUCCUGAGACAGGAUUGCCUCGGAAAACUUCCAAAGUGAACCGAUUCUUUACGCAACUUAAAAAACCUGCAAAUAUAGAAUGGUGGAAACAGAUGUUUGAAUUCAGCGGAGAUGGAGAAGUUCUUGUUGACUGGAAUAUUUUAAGUUACGCUUACAUAGAAGUCGGAGUUCUCGAAACAUUAUUCGCGUUAUUGGCAUACUUUGUUGUCUUGAAUCACCACGGUAUAUCGCCAACUGAUGCGCGCUUUAUGCAGAAAGAUGGUUCAUAUUUUCUCAGUAGUUCACCCGAUUUCACAAAUGCUCGUGGCGAUACCAUAACUGGGGAUCAACAAGUCGAAGCUCUAAGCCAAGGACA